AUGGGCGCGCGCGCGCGCGCGCGCGUCGUCGUCGCGCCUCGCGCGCGGCGAACGGCGCGCGUCGGGGACGGGCGCGCGACGGUGGCGGCGCGACGUCCGCGCGAUCGCGCGCGCGCGCGGUACGCGGGAUCGGGGACGUACGAUUCGUUCGAUGAGGUGGAUGGGGCGAGCGAUGGGGAUGAUCCAUCGCGCGUGGCGUUUGACCGCGCGGAGUGGCACACGCAGACGCUGGCGAAACGAAGUAAAGAUUUGCUCAAGAGCGCGGAUUCGAGCGGGAUUUGGACGGUGGGGACCACGGCGUUGGUGUUCGUUAUCGCGGGGUUCGAAUCGCUCGAGGCGGAGGCGGUGACGCGGGGGGUGGAGCUGGUGGCGGUGUUGCCGAGUUACGUGCCGAGGGACGUGGCGCCGGCGCUGGCGGAUGGGGGGAUCGAACGCGCCGAGUCGUGUUUGCAGGCGAUUUUUUUGUUCGAGUACGUCGUCAGGGCGUGGAGCGAGGGGUUCCAGCUGAGGUACUUGCGAUCGCCCGUGGCGUUGAUUGAUUUUUUGUCGCUCUUGCCCACGUUUGGGUUGUUGUUGAGCUUGGUUGGAAUCGGAGGCGCCGGGUUCGGGGCGACGGAGCAGUUCAGACCGCUGCGUUUGUUCCGAGUGUUGCGUCUGUUGCGGGUGUUAGAUCUCAGCGAUGGGGGCAACGAUGAGCUGGCCGGAGAUAACGCGUCGAUCGAUGCGAGGAGGAAGAGGCGGGAAAAGACGCAGAACGAAAAGGUGUUCGCCGUCGCGGUGGAAUUUUUGUGCGUCUUCUUAAUCAGCGGCGAACUCUUUUACGAUCUCGAGGUGGACACGAAUCCGAACAUCUCCGACGUGGGCGAUGCGAUUUACUGGAGUUUUCUUACCCUGACGGGGAUCGGGCAGCCGUUCGAGGCGACGACGGCGCAAGGGCGCGUCGCCACCGUCGUGUCCAUUCUCACCGCGCUCGUCGUCGUGCCGCUUCAGCUCGCGGUUCUGGUCUCGGCGCAGACCGAGGCGCAGGCGCAGGUGGGCGGAGGCGCCAUCACGGGCGUUCCUCCGACGACGAGAACCGCGAUCGGGCUCGGCGCGCCCGUGUACGUGCCCAGAGAACCUCCGAGCGACGACGCGCAACUGUCCAGAAUGGUGAGCGAUGCCGGGAGCGAUUUUUGGCAGGGGACGAUGGACGAAGAUUCGGCUUGGUUGCGUCUUCGCGAGCGUGAAGAGCUCAGGGACGCAAGGAAAAAGAUUAAGUCUCAGGAGAUCACGAUAUCCGCACUUCGCAUGGAGAAUAAAAAGCUGCGAGGAGCUUUAGAAGACGCCGACCUCCUGGGUACGAUCGACAUCGCAGAUAGUUUUGAGGAAGACAUCACGGCGUGA